AUACAAACCCCUUCAGAACAUGUAUGUUUAGAUCUAUCCUAGUUUAAUCAUGAGCAGCGACGGGGCUGGGAGCACCCAACCCGCGAGCGCGGGUUUGGGCGAGGCAGGCGAAGUGUUGAUCCGUGUUAAGACUCUAGAACCAGCUACUUACGAACUUCACUUAAGCAGACAGAGCACCGUUGCGGAUCUGAAGGCUCGUUUGGAAGGCCUAGUAAACAAUGCUCCUGCAAGCAGACAGCGUAUUAUUUAUCGUGGGCGGGGCCUGCCAGAUGAGCGCACCAUCCAAGACGCCGGCAUUACCAACGGCGACACGCUCCACAUGGUGCUGAGGCCCGUGGAUGCACCCCCGGCAGGUGGUCCGGCGGAGGCUCAGGGCCAGCAGCAGCCGCAGAACCGGCUGGAGGCGGACACGAGACGGAUCCUGGACCAGAUCAACCAGAUGCUCAACCUCAACCUCGGAUUGAACUUCAACCUGGGGGGCGGGCAGGGUGCUGAGGGGGCUCAUCCGGGCGGCGGUGGACCCGGCUCCCGCCCACAGCAGCAGCAGCAGCCCGGCGGCCCCGCGGCUCCUCCCCAGCCGCCGGUCGUGGAGACGCCCCACCUGUUCGCCACGCUGCACCGCUUCCUGCAGCGGCUGGGCGAGGAGGGCUACUCGCCGUCACCGAUACCGCUCUACUCCAACGCCGCCCCGGUGGCCAACUUGCAGCCCGACUUCGAGUCGCUCAGCCGCGCCCUCACGGAGCUGUUGGUGGCGGAGGAGCGGGAGCUCCCGCCACCACUGGCGGAGCUGCUCGAGCAGGCGCGGAGCGACCCCGCGGGGCGAGGCCAGCAGCGGGAGCGGGAGCAGCAGGGGGCGGGCCAGGCGGAGGCGGCCAGCCAGCAGGGGCGGGAAGGAGAGGGCGAGCAGGCGGACGCAAGCACGAGCGGGGAGGCCGGGGCGGAGCAGGCUGGUGCGGAGGCCGCAGGUGCUGGGCAGGGUGAGGGGGCGCGGAGCAGGUCUCGAGGAGCCGCUGCAGCUGCAGCCCGCCGUGCCAGUCGCCGCCGGGCGGUGGGCGCCGGCGGGGUGGACGUAUCGGGUGCGAGCUACGGGUACCGCUACCUCCCUCUUGCCACCGAGGCGCUGGGGCAGCUGCUGCGCCGCUCCGAGGCGCACCUCACCGGCAGCCUGGCGCAGCGCCUGCGCGACACGGCAGCCAGCACCCGCGAGCUGGCGGCCACUCAGCAGCCGACACCGGAGGCGAUCACGGCGAUGCGGGGCCAGCUGCGGCGUCUGAGUGGGCAGCUGCAGGCGUCUUCGGCGCUGCUGGCGGACCUGUCGCGCGCCGUCAUCGCCACCGCCACCUCCCUCAACAACAUGCCGCUCUCCCUGGCCGCCAACACCUCCGCAGUGGUGCUGCCGGAAGGCAACGAUGUCGAGUUGCCGCCGCUGCUGCCCCGUCGCGCGGGUCGCGGAGCGGCUGCUGCCGGCGGUGGUGCCGGCGGUCCCAUGGACUGGGGCUUCAUGGGCCUGGGUCCCAUGGGCCCCAUGGGCGGCAUCAUGGACAUGAUCGGCGCGCAGUUCUCCCUGCCCGUCACCCUUCCCGAGGCAGCCCAGGUGGCCCGGGAGGGCGGUGCGGCGGCGGGUACGGCCGCCGGGACGGAGGGCGCCAGGCCGCAGACGCAGCCCGGGGCAUCCCCAGCUGGCGGCGCUGGUGCUGGUACGGCUGCGGGCGUUGCUGCUGCCGUGGCGGGGCUGCCGGUGGGCGGCACCGUGCAGAUCGACAUCACCAACAUGGCUGGCAUGCCGGGUGGGCUGGGCGGCCUCAUCGGCAACAUCCUUAGUGCGGUCACCGGGGGCGCUGUGCCGCCGCCUGUGGGGGCCCAGGGAGCGGCGCAGCAGCAGGGCCGGGCGGGGGCAGCAGGGACAGACGCGGGUCGUGAGCGGCCGCUGCAGCUGCUGCUGCCGGCGCUGACGUCCCUGGCGGGCAGUAUCGCCGCUAGCGUCAUGCAGGCACUGGCUGGACGGGGGGUGCAGCCACAUAUGCUCUCCAACGAGCUGACGCGCGCGCUGUCGCAGCACCUAAUGCACGUGAUGGACGUGCUGACGGCGCGGUGGGACAGCCUGCAGCGGGCGGCGGCACGGCGGCGGCGGCGGGCAGCUCGCACCCAGGAGCAGCAGCAGCAGCCGGCGGCGGCGGCGGCGGCGAGCGACCAGGCGACCGCCCCCGGGGAGCCUGCUGCCAGCGGUGCGGCAGGUGCCGCAACUGGCGCUGCCGCUGCUCCCGGCUCUGCGAUGGAUGAGUUCCGACCGGUGGCGGAGCUGAUCAAUGCGCUGUUCCCCUCCUGGGAGGCGGUGCUCAGUGUGCAGCCAGAACCCGGAAGCGAUGAAGAGGACGAGGAGGAUGACGACGAGGAGGACGAGGAAGGCUCUGAGAGCGGCGAGGAGGAGGGCGGCGAGGAGCCAACCGACUCGCGGCCGCCCGAGGCGGGUGAAGCGGGCCCGCAGCAGCAAGAGCGGCAAGCUCCUCGGCGGCAGCGGCGCGGCCCCGACUCCUCCUCCCGGCGGCGCGCUGAGCUGGACGAGGAGAUGAGCGCCAUGAUGCGGCUGCUGAUGCCGCCCAUGGUUGGCAACAUCGCCCGCUCCGUGGCGCAGAACGUGGUGGCGGCGGUGGCGCCGGAGGCGGCCCGCAGCGGCGCGCUGGACGGCCAACAGCUGGCCCUGCUGGUGCUGCAGACGCUGGUGGGGCGGCUGGACGGGGUGGCCAACAUGCUGCUGGCCAACUGGGGGCGCAUCUCGGAGAACAUCCAGCAGAUCGAGUCAGAGACCGACAGCGAUGCCGCCAGCGCCGCCGACGUGAUGUCGCAGAUGGUGCGGCUGGCUGCAAGCGUCAUGGGAGGUGGUGCCGGCGACGCCGCACCGCCCCCGCCGCCGCCGGCCGCAAGGCCCCGGCCUGCAGCGGCGACCAACCCAGCGGCUGCAGCGACGACGACAGCACCUGCAGCGCCGGCUCCGCCAGCUGCUGCGCCGGCUUCCGGGCCCUCACCCCCACCACCAGCCGCACCAGCGGAGCCCUCCGCCCCUGCGGCCCCACCACCGGCUGCAGCGGAGCCCCCCGCCGCACCCAGCAGCGCCCCAGCUGCUGCUGCGCCUGCACCCGCGCCCCAGGAGCAGCCCGCACCGGCCUCGACAGCGGCGGCUGCCGCAACCAGCCCUGCUGCUGCGGAUGCGGAUGCGGCGGCCACGGUCCCAGAGGCUAGGGACACCGCUAGCCAGCCUAGCUCCAGCGCCCCAGCCGCCGCAUCAGCUGCGGCCGGGCCCUCCUCGGCUCCUAGGGGUCUCGGCCUGGGGCUGCGGCCACCAGCACCCAAGAAGAAAGCAGCGCCCGUGGGCCCGUCUACGGCGGCAGCCAAGGCCUCGACGGCAGCGGCGCCGCCCUCGGCGGCGUCCGAAGCAUCAGCGCCUGCGGCCACAGCGCCUUCAGCGGCCCCGGCGGCUGCAGCCCCAGCUGCCGCCGAGGCUCCGGCGCCGCCGCGGCAGCCCCUCGCCACGAGGCCGCCGGGCGGGGCUAUGACACGAGGCGGCGGCGGUGGCGGCGGUGAUGAGGGCCUGGGUGGACUGAUGGACAUCAUGGGUCAGAUGUUUGGCGGCAUGUCGGGCGGCGGCUCCCGUGGGGGAGGUGGUGGAGGCGGAGGCGGCGGCCUGGGCGGCUUGCUGCAGAUGGCGCAGAGCAUCGCGUCCGACCCCGCCAUGCAGCCGCUGCUGGGCAACGUCGCGGAGGCGGUGAUGGGCGGCGGAGGCGGAGGUGGCGGAGGUGCUGGCGGCGGCUUGGGCGGCCUCCUAGGCAGCUUGCUGGGCGGCCUGCCGCCGCCAGCGGCCUCGUCUUCCGCAUCGAGUCGCGCUGCUGCUGCGGCGGCAGCAGCCCCCGCGGGGUACGAGGUGCUGGCGGAGGUACUGGGCUCGGAGGAGGGGGCCCGGUGGCGUGAGGUGAUUGAGCGGGAUGUGGAGGCGACGCAGCAGCACGUGCGGGCGACAGCCGAGCAGCUGAGCGAGAACUACAAGCGGGGUGUGCCCAGCCGACGGGCGGGGUUAAUGUCGGUGAUAGGAGGCGGCGAGGAGGGCGAAGAAGAUCUGGAGGAGGAGGGACUGGAAGGCGAGGAGGGCAAUGGCAGCGGCAGUGGAUAGGGUAGUAGUGUGGUUUGAGGUGGCGCAGAGGUGUUGCGUGCAAGUGGGCAGGAGUGGCUUGCAGGAUGCGUAUUCACAUUGCAGGGUUGCUGCUUUCUCCGAGACGUUGUGCUGUUUUUGUCGUGCAUGAGCUGGACCGCACAAGCACUGUGGUUCGCUGUUCCUGCGGGGGCCGGUAUGGCUAUCAAGCUCAGCUUAGCUUUAGAAUGGCAGCAAAUCAAGUUGGUGACAGCUGGCUCCUACUUCUUUUCUUUUACCAACAAGGUAGUGUUACACUAUACUAUUCACCUCUGCUACGUUCCAUGCUAGAACUGAACCAGUCGGAUACUCGGUUAGGUACCCUGGCUGUGUCAACAUGUAACCUUCGGAAUCG